AUGGCGACGGCUCAAGACAAGUUAACUUGGCAUGCCAUUCUUUCGGCUACAUGUUUUGCCAUGGGUGCUAUAUUCUGGGGAUACGACAUUGGUAUUAUAUCUACCAUUUACGUAGCCCCCGGUUUUAAAGAAGCCUUGCACGAUCCUUCCUCAGAUAUUACCGGACUGAUCACUGCCAUUUUCUAUGCUGGAUCUUGGGCAUCGUAUGUCUUCCUCAGUGGCCCCGUCAAUGACCGUCUCGGCCGACGCUGGGCCGGAAUUGUAGGGGUGAUGAUUCUCUGUGUAGGUGCCGCCUUACAGGCUGGAGCUGUUCAUCUUGCCAUGAUGAUCAUCGGGAGAAUUAUUUCUGGUGUCGGCGUCGGCAUCGUAUCAACUGCAGUUCCGUUAUACUUGUCCGAAAUCAGCCCUGCCAAGCAGAGAGGAGCAUUCGGUGCCCUGAAUCAGGUUGGCAUUGUUACUGGUAUUUCUAUCGCUUUCUGGGUCGGAUACGGCUUCAGCUUUUGGAAGACUGGUAAAGGAAUCGACCUCCAAUGGCGGUUGAGCAUCAUAAUGCAAUUUGUCCCCGCCUUAUUCUUCUGUGUCGGCGCCCCUUUUCUCCCCGAAAGUCCACGAUGGCUCCUUGAAAAGGAUCAAACUGAGGCUGCCAUUCAAUCUUUGACUUUGUUCCGUGGUCGUGAUAAUUUAGAACAAGUCCAAGAGGAACUAGAAGAAAUUCGUGCAAAUAUCUUGUGGCACAAGGAGAAUUCAGUCAAGAGUGCGACAAUGUUCUUCAAGCAAAAGCCACUGUGGUCUAGACUUUGGAGGGCUUGGAUGCUGGGCUUUCUGCAACAGAUGAGCGGAGCAUCUGGCAUUCGUUAUUAUUUACCAUCCAACUUCCUCGCAGCAGGCACGUCGAAAAGCCUGAGUCUGCUAGCCAGUGGUCUCGAUGGUACCGUUCAAGUCGGCUGUACUAUCGUUGGACUGUUCCUUAUUGACCGUGUCGGAAGAAGACAUGCCUUGGGGGUUGGCGCUGCCAUCAUGGCUUUUGCCUUGAUGAUUAAUGGUGCAUUGCAAACGGCAUACCCCAACCAGAGCAAUGACUCAGCAAACAAGGUGAACAUUUUCUUCAUCUUCUUCUUCACAGUCGGCUAUUCGAUUGGCUUAGGACCAACAACCUGGAUUUACGCAGCUGAGAUCUUUCCGGCCAACGUCCGCGCCAAAGGCCUUGGUAUCGCAGCAUCAGGCCAGUCCAUCGGAUCCAUCAUCGUCGGUCAAGUAUGGCCCGUCGCCGUCGCCCAUAUCGGUGCACGCACAUAUUUCAUCUUCAUGACUUUUAAUGUCUUGUGCAUGGUACUAGUCUAUUUCAAAUAUCCGGAGACGAAGGGAUUGACCUUGGAAGAGGUUGAUUCACAUUUUGGGAAUUGUAAUGUUCACUCUGAGCAUCAGGCAACGCCGAAACAGAUGUUGGGUAAUGGUGUAUCAGAGCAUGUCGAGUGA